CUCCCGGCCUCUCCGAAAAGCCAGGGCUCCGAGCUGCCGCGGUGAGGUGAGCAGCGGAACCCCGUCAGCAGGCUGUGAGGCUCCAUCUCCGCGGUGCGGGUCCGGGUGGGGGGGGCGGCCCGGCGCUCGGCUUCCCCAGAGGCUCCGCCCCGUGACGCGGGCCCCGCCCCCAGCGCCCGCUUCCAAGAUGGCGGCAGAGAUACCUGCCCGGUUGUCCGGGUGGCGGUGACGGCGGGGAGCAGACCAGUCAUUUCCCCCGCACUUCCCAUGACGGGAAAGUUGCUUCUUCCUGAUCCUGUUAUCUGUUGUACAGGUGACUGGUUGUCCUUGAUCACUUCUGUUCCUGCUGGUCCCACAUUGGCUGUUGGGAUGGUUGUUUUUUUUUUUUUUUUUUUUUCUCUCUCUCCUGUCCUCUGUGACAAUUCCAAUUUGAGAUAAUGCCUCAUAUUUCUGCUCCGCGGGGACCGCCUGGAGCCCCGGUGAUCCGGAAGAGGACAGCUUGAACACAGCCAUUCCUUCACUCCUCCCCAGCCCUCACGUCAGGAUGCGGAGGCUGCUGGAGCGGCCGUGCACGCUGGCCCUGCUGGUGGGCUCCCAGCUGGCAGUUAUGAUGUAUCUGUCACUCGGGGGCUUCCGAAGCCUCAGUGCCCUGUUUGGUCGAGAACAGGGCCCAACGUUUGACUAUUCUCAUCCCCGUGAUGUCUACAGUAACCUCAGUCACCUGCCUGGGGCCCCCGGAGCAGCAGGGGCCCCUCCAGCUCAAGCUCUGCCCUACUGUCCCGAAAGAUCUCCGUUCUUAGUGGGCCCCGUGUCAGUGUCCUUUAGCCCGGUGCCAUCACUAGCCGAGAUUGUGGCGCGGAACCCCCGGGUGGAAUCGGGGGGCCGGUACCGUCCUGCGGGGUGUGAGCCUCGCUCCCGAACAGCCAUAAUCGUGCCCCACCGUGCCCGGGAGCACCACCUUCGCCUGCUGCUCUAUCACCUGCAUCCCUUCCUGCAGCGCCAGCAGCUUGCCUACGGCAUCUACGUCAUCCACCAGGCUGGAAAUGGCACGUUUAACAGGGCAAAGCUACUGAAUGUAGGGGUGCGGGAAGCCCUGCGUGACGAAGAGUGGGACUGCUUGUUCUUACAUGACGUGGACCUUCUUCCAGAAAACGAUCACAACCUGUAUGUGUGCGACCCCCGGGGACCCCGCCACGUUGCCGUUGCCAUGAAUAAGUUUGGAUACAGCCUCCCAUACCCCCAGUACUUUGGUGGGGUGUCAGCGCUCACUCCUGACCAGUACCUGAAGAUGAAUGGCUUCCCCAAUGAAUAUUGGGGCUGGGGCGGUGAGGAUGACGACAUUGCUGCCAGGGUACGCCUGGCUGGGAUGAAGAUCUCUCGACCGCCCACCUCAGUGGGGCACUAUAAGAUGGUGAAGCACAGAGGAGAUAAAGGAAAUGAGGAAAACCCCCACAGAUUUGACCUCCUGGUCCGUACCCAGAAUUCUUGGACCCAAGAUGGAAUGAACUCACUGACAUACCGAUUGCUGGCAAGAGAGCUGGGCCCUCUCUAUACCAACAUUACUGCAGACAUUGGGACUGACCCUCGGGGUCCCCGGGCUCCCUCUGGUCCCCGAUACCCACCAGGUUCCUCCCAGGCCUUCCGUCAAGAGAUGCUGCAACGCCGGCCGCCAGCUAGGCCUGGCCCUCUGCCUACUGCCAACCACACAGCUGCCCGUGGUCCUCACUGACUCUUCUCUGUCCACUUCAAUCAUGACACUGAAUCAGAGGGGUUGUACUCCUCACACCCCUUGCUCCUCACUGCUCUCAGGGGGAUGUGAGGGAACUAAACUCUAGUGCUGUGCUGGGAGGCAGGGACCUCUCCUCAUGGCUAGGUUGGAGCUGGGCUCCCCUAGACCUGGAGGUUCCCCUUUCCAGGGGCCACCUAUCAGGGCUUAUGACUGUGAAUCUUUGAUGUCAUUUUAUGUGACGAAUCCUGGGAGUCCCCUGCCCCCAGGGUAGGAGCAGGGCUGGACCCCAAGUCCCUUCCUCGUCCACAGACAUCACUCUCAUCCAGGAGUGACCUAGCUUCUCCUGGGACCUCUGUGAAUAUUUAUUCUAUUUAUGGUUCCCAAGAAGCUGUCUGGUGGAGGAAACCCCUAACCUGGGCAUUUCCUGCCAGUGCUGGAGUAGCUUCUCUGGUCUUGGCCCAGGGGGGCUGGGAUUUUGAUAUCUUUUCUAAUAAAGGACUUUGUCUCACC